UAAAAGAUCUAAACUUGUUCAUAAUUUACAGUAGCUCUGCCUCUCAAUCCUAAGCUUUCCUUGUUGAGUUGAGUCGGCAGCUAAAAAACUCCUUAGACCCAGUUCAUGGCGUCCUCCAAAAAGCUAAAAUCCAUGGUCAAAAUGGGCAUCAAAAUCCUUCUCCUGGCCGUAGUCACCUCUUUCUCCUUCCUCCUCUUUUCUCCACCGCCAAAAUCUUUCUACCAUACUCUUUUCAUAUCCACUGCCCUGUCUGACAACGUCUCAGCAGCUCAACAUCUCUGGACCCUCACUCGCCGACCUCAUGUUGCCGGUUCAGAGGCCAACGCCGAGGCUGCAGCUUAUGUUUUAUCGAUAUUCACUUCCUGUAAUAUAAAAGCGCAUAUUGCUUCCUAUGGUGUGUCCCUGACUUACCCUGUUUCACGUUCUUUAUCACUGAAUCGUCCCCCACCGGACCCUCCCAUCACUUUCUCUCUCCGUCAAGAAAUUUAUGACGGCGAUCCUUACGCUGACGUUGCCGAUCAAGUCCUUCCGACGUUUCAUGGAUAUGCGAAGUCGGGUACUGCGACAGGGUCUGUUGUUUAUGUGAACUAUGGACGGGUUGAAGACUACGUCAUGUUGAAGGAAAUGGGUGUGAAUGUGUCAGGCAGUGUUGUGUUGGCGAGAUAUGGUAAAAUAUACAGGGGGGACAUUGUGCAUAAUGCGUUUGAGGCGGGUGCGAUUGGGGCUUUGAUUUUUACUGAUAGGAAGGAUUACGGGGGUGGGAGUGGUGACGCAAGGUGGUUUCCAGAUGAUAAGUGGAUGCCGCCGAGUGGAGUUCAAGUGGGUUCGGUUUAUGAUGGGGUGGGCGACCCGACUACACCUGGAUGGGCUAGUACGGAAGGAUGUGAGAGGAUAUCUGAUGAAGAAGUUGACAAAACUGGUUAUAUUCCCCGUAUACCUUCGCUGCCAAUUUCGGCACAAGAUGGCCAUACAAUCAUGAGGUCCGUUGAAGGACAAGUGGCCAAUCAGGAUUGGCAAGGAGACAAAGAUGCCCCUGUUUACCGGAUUGGACCAGGACCAGGAGUUGUCAAUCUCAGUUAUAAGGGAGAAAGCGUCAUAGCCACGAUACAAAAUGUAAUUGGUGUCAUUACAGGUACAGAGGAGCCUGAUCGGUUUGUGAUACUGGGCAAUCAUCGAGAUGCAUGGACAUUUGGAGCUGUGGAUCCUAACAGUGGCACUGCUGCUCUUCUGGAGCUUGCAGAAAGACUAGAAAAACUGCGGAAAGGAGGGUGGAAACCUCGAAGGACUAUAGUGUUGUGCAAUUGGGAUGCUGAGGAGUAUGGCCUGAUAGGAUCAACUGAAUGGGUGGAAGAGAACAGGGAGAUGCUAGCUUCAAGGGUUGUUGCUUACUUGAACGUUGACUCUGCUGUAUAUGGCGCUGGAUUCUCUGCCUCGGCAACUCCUCAACUUGAUGAACUACUCAAACAAGCAACUCAACAGGUUAAAGAUCCAGAUAACUCAUCACAAACAGUCUACGAUUCCUGGGUCGGUUCUAGUAACUCUCCAGUGAUUGGAAGAUUAGGAGGUGGAGGAUCAGAUUAUUCAGCUUUUGUGCAGCAUAUUGGUGUUCCAUCAGCUGACUUCUCUUUUGGAGAAGGAUACCCGGUAUACCACUCAAUGUACGAUGACUUUGUCUGGAUGAAAAAAUUUGGAGAUCCACUGUUCCAAAGACAUGUUGCAGCGGCAAGCGUUUGGGGUUUAGUAGCUCUCCGACUAGCAGAUGAGGAGUUCUUGCCUUUCAAUUAUCUCUCCUAUGUUUCAGAGCUCCAGAAAAGCGCAAAGGAUUUGAAGGACAAGGUCUCAGGUAUGGGCAUAACCUUAAUUCCCUUGUUCAAGGCUAUUGAGGAGCUAGCAAAAGCAGCCAUCAAAAUUGAUAGCGAGAAAAAGGCAAUAAUUGAAUCAAAAGGUUGGGUAUCCAUAUGGAAAAAAGAACAUUCUAGGGUGAGAGAGCUGAAUGACAGACUAAUGAUGGCAGAAAGAGCUUUCACAGACCGAGAUGGACUCGCUGGAAGGCCAUGGUACAAGCAUUUGAUUUAUGCACCCUCAAAGCAUAAUGAUUAUGGAUCUAAUUCAUUCCCUGGAAUAGAAGACGCCAUUGAAGAAGCAAAGAAUCUCAAUACGGCAGAGUCAUGGCUUACCGUACAACAUGAAGUUUGGAGAGUCUCCAGAGCAGUCAGACAUGUUUCUCUAGUCCUCAAUGGAGAACUAACAUGAACAUGUACAAAAUACAAUGGAAUGACUCUUCAUCAAGACAACUUAUAAACAGAUACUCCGGAUGUGCUAGAAACUGUUGCAAACCCAGAUUAUACGUUUAAUAAAAUUAUGUAUAUACAUUUUUAAGUAUAUAAAUAAGUAGACAAAUGAUAUAUUAUCA